CUCUACACAAGAGCACAACGACGACUCUUUGUUCUACUCUCUCUAUCUUUCUCCCUUCACCUGCUUUCUCCGCCGAUCAUACGCCGUACUUCUCCGCCGUAAUCUCCGAGGCGACGCCAUGUUGACUCUAAUUUAAUUUCUCUUUUGACUAUCUUUACGCAUUUGCUGGGGCGUAUAUAACACACACACACGCGCGUAUACAUGCGGAUAAAAUUAGGGGUUUUGAGCUGAAUCGUGGAUGGGUCAGAAGAAGAAAACCCCCUCGUCUCGCUCCAAAAAAUCGCCGUCGGCGACGGUGACAGUGACAGAGGUGGUGCCGUCUGAGAUAUCCGGUUCUAGCUUUAGUGAGGGUGGUAUUCCCGGACCAGACGCUAAUGUGGAGCCGUUGGAUUCACCUGACAUCAAGCUGGAAUGCGACAAGGCACUCAAGUCAUUUGGGCGGGGGAGCUACAACAAAGCGAUUCGUCUUAUUAAGGAAUCGUGCUCUCGCCAUCAACACUCUGCCCUAGUCCACCGAGUUCAAGGAACUUUGUGCGUCAAGGUUGCUGCUGUCUACGAAGAUCAAGCUACCAAACAGAAGUAUCUUCGGACUGCGAUUGAAUCUGCUAGAAAGGCUGUGGAACUGUGUCCCACCUCGAUUGAGUUUGGGCAUUUUUAUGCCAACUUGCUUUACGAGGCUGCCAACGAUGGGAGAGAGUAUGAUGAGGUCGUGCAAGAGUGCCACCGUGCUCUCUCCAUUGAAAAUCCGAUUGAUCCUGCUAAAGGGAGUCUGCAGGAUGAGACUCAGCUGAAGAUAUUGACACCUGAGGCUCGUAUUGCACAUGUCCAGGAUGAGCUCAGGUCUCUGGUACAAAAAUCUAACAUUGGUUCAUUGUCCACUUGGAUGAGUAACCUGGGAAAAGGUGAUGAGAAGUUUCGGUUGAUCCCCAUUAGGAGAAUGGCCGAGGAUCCUAUUGAGAGUAACUUGAUUCAGACCAGGAGGCCGAAUGAGAUUAAAAAAGCUACCAAGAGUCUUGAAGAGAUAAGGAAGGAGGUUGAAGUGAGGGUAGCUGCAGCUAGGUUGAUACAGCAGAAAUCAGAGUCUUUAGCAGCGGAGAAUGUUGGAACUGUUGACAACAAGGGAUCCGAUGCAACACUAGGCGCCGGGCCAAGAAGCGGUGAGAGGAGAAAGCAUGGAAAUGCAAGGAAAAACGGCUCCACAGCAGAUAGAAGGGAUCGGGUUAGGUCAUACUGGGAUUCUAUGAGCAAAGAAAUGAAGAAAGAAUUGCUUCGAGUAAAGGUUAGCGAUCUUAAGAGUCACUUUAGUGCUUCAAAGGAUGAGGAUGCAAAUGAGAUUAUAAGUGAGGCACUGUCGUUUUGUGAGGGCAGUAAGACUUGGAGGUUCUGGCUUUGCUGCCAGUGCAGUGAGAUGUUCAUGGAUUCUGAGGCUCAUAUGCAGCAUAUUGUGCAGGUGCACAUGGGUAAUGUUGUACCUAAGAUGCAAAUGGUUCUGCCUCAGAGUGUUGACACUGAGAGGAUUGAUAUGCUUUUUAGUUCCCCAUGGAAACCGAUGGAUCUCUCUGCUGCGGUUAAAUUGCUUCGCAGCCAGCAGAAAAUCCAAAAUUUUGAGUUUAAUGAGUUCCACUCUGGCGACAAUAUCGAAGAUGGUGACGACUGCUUCAAGGAUGCAUGGAAUGAUACUUCACCAGAGCAAGAAAGCCUUGAAGAUGCUUGCAACGGUUGUGGUGAGAAUGAUUCUGAAGAGGGUAAGCUGUCGAUCGCAUUUCCUCCUCCUGAUGGAUGGCCAUUAUCUGAUGAUCCUGAACGUGCAAAGCUCCUUGAAAAAAUCCGUGCAGCCUUUGAGCUACUUAUCAAACACAAAUAUUUAGCUGCCAGCCAUCAUGAUAAGGUGAUACAAUUUACUGUUGAUGAACUCCAGAAUCUACCCGCUGUGUCACAAUUCGUAAAUCGUAGCUCGAACCAGUCACCCAUAUGCAUCUGCUUUCUGGGAGCUUCCCAACUCAGGAAAAUUCUCAAAUUCCUGCAGGACUUGUCUCAGGCCUGUGGUUUGAGUCGAUAUUCUGAACAAAGUAACCCCAAUGAUGAAAUUAAUCUUGGCGACCUUGGCCGUGAAGUUACAGAGGAGAUUCUUUUUGAUGCUGAAGAUUCCUGUCUUCUUCUGGAUGAAAAAUUGCUUCUCACGGAGUUCAUCCAAGAGAAAUUUAUGGGCUCACUAUUGCAUAAUGUAGUUAUAGCAAGUUCUGGAGAUAUUACUAAUGGCAAUAAUGUGUCUUCUGGUGCGGAUGGAUUUCUUUCAUGGAUCUUCAGAGGACCCUCUAGUGAGGAACAAAUUGUGUCAUGGAUGCGCACAAAGGAAGAGAAAUCAAACCAAGGGAUGGAGAUCAUGCAGAUUCUUGAAAAGGAGUUCAGUCACUUGCAGAACUUGUGCGAGAGAAAAUGCGAACACUUAAGCUACGAGGGAGCACUGCAAACUGUUGAGGAGCUUUGCCUUGAAGAGUGCCGGAAGAGGGAAAUUUCAGCAGAGUUUACCCAUGAAAGCUAUGAAACUGUGCUGAGGAAACGAAGAGAAGAGCUAAAUGAGAGUGACCAUGAGUUGAUGUUUAUCAGUAGUAGGUUUGAGUUAGAUGCUAUAACAAACAUUCUGAAAGAUGCAGAAACUCUUAACCAGAAUCAAUUUGGAUAUGAAGAAUCAUAUGGCUGCACGAGCUCUCAGCUACGUGAUAUGGAAUCUGGUGAAGCUGAUGAAUGGGGGAUGAAGGAUUCCUUACAUGAGGCUGACAGUUUCAUAGAGAUUGCGAUCCAGAAACAAAAAGAGCAGUUGUCUGCAGAGCUUAGCAGAAUCGAUGCGCAAAUGAUGCGAAUUGUCACUGGGAUGCAGCAGUUAGAGCUAAGGCUUGGACCAGUUUCCUCCAAUGAUUAUCAGAUAGUAUUGUUGCCGUUGGUGAAGUCCUACAUGCGGGCACAUUUGGAGGCAUUGGCAGAGAAAGAUGCCACUGAGAAGUCUGAUGCUGCAAGAGACGCAUUACUGGUUGAGCUCGCUCUUGAUUCUAAGAAGGAGUCUCGAGGGAGAAAUGACAAUUCAAAACACACACUGGAAAAGUCCAAGGACAAGAAAAAGGUUAAAGACACUAGGAAACUGAAGGAUAUGAAGGGUACUAUUGGAAAUGACCAUCGCUCCAAUGUUGACUCAAUUGAACGCAGCCUCCUUCAGGUUGCAUCAUUUGGUGACCAUUCAGAGGCUGAAGUUGUUUCUGAAGCUGUUGAAGCUUUAAAAGAACAGGAAGAGGAACACAGACGCCAAAUAGAGCUAGAGGAGGAGGAGAGAAAACUUGAAAUUACUCUGGAGUACCAGAGAAAAAUUGAGGAUGAAGCCAAGGAGAAGCACAUUGCAGAACAACAAAAGAAUUAUAGCUCUUCAGUUCCCAUGAAUGUUGCAAAGGCAGUGUAUAAUGUUUGCACAGAUAAUGUAGUUGAUGAUUUAGAUUUACAAGAACAUGAAAAAUCCAUAAAUAAGGUGAAAAGGAAUGGACGACUUGAUUCCUUGGAAGGAGCCAGAGUGAAUACAAAUGGUGUUUUCCAGUCAACAAAUCAUUGUGCAAUAUCUGAUACUGCAAAGAUGCAGGAUUUAAAUUCCCGAAAAGCAGUGCCUAACGGUACAGCUAUGCAAGCUGGUGUUUUCCAAUCUGACCAACGCACUGGGAGGAGAAGUAGACGCCAAAAAGCUUCAAACAAGUUAGUUGAUGGAAAAUAUCAGGUCACAUCUUCUGAAACCGAGAAAAGUAAAUCUAAGUGGUCAGGCAUCGACGGUGAGAGACAACCUGAAACACUACUUAGCAAUGGUGAUGUGGGAACAAAGACAUUAAGACAAUUACAAGCUGAAGACGAUGAAGAAGAAAGGUUUCAAGCUGACCUUAAAAAGGCAGUGCUUCAAAGCCUUGCCCUUAAUAGGAAGCAUCUGACACCAGAACAUUUUGUUUACCCAGACGCGUACCAAGGAGGUAGAAAUUUGUCGACACCUCUGGAAGUAAACAAUAAUGGGGGUUUAUCUUCUGUCACAAUGGAGUCUUUGGGCUCAACCGGAGAUGUCAUAUUUGGCACAGGUCUUCAAAAUGAAGUUGGCGAAUACAAUUGCUUUUUGAAUGUUAUCAUACAGUCACUAUGGAAUCUGGAGCUGUUUCGAACUGAGUUCUUACGGAGUUCAACAUUAGAGCACCAUCACGUGGGAAAUCCUUGUGCUGUCUGCUCUUUGUAUGAAAUUUUUACUGCCUUAAGUGCUGCUUCAAGUGAAUUACGAAAAGAACCUGUGGCUCCCUCAUCUCUUAGGAUUGCUUUGAGUAACUUGUAUCCAGAUAGCAGUUUCUUUCAAGAGGCUCAGAUGAACGAUGCUUCAGAAGUAUUGGCUGUAAUCUUUGACUGCCUUCAUCGCUCGUUUGCUCAAAGCUCAAGCAUGUCUGACACAGAAUCUGCUGAGAGCAACAGUACGGGUUCAUGGGACUGUGCCAAUCGUACAUGUAUUGCCCAUUCUCUGUUUGGAAUGGAUAUUUUUGAGCAACUGAACUGCUACAGCUGUGGGCUGGAGUCCAGGCAUAUGAAGUACACUUCCUUUUUCCAUAACAUCAACGCUAGUGCCCUACGCACGAUGAAGGUUACAUACCCUGAGAAUUCAUUUGACGAACUUCUAAAUCAUGUCGAGGUGAACCAUCAACUAGCUUGUGAUCCCGAAGCUGGUGGGUGUGGGAAACCCAACCAUAUCCACCAUAUUCUGACCACUCCACCAAAUGUUUUUACAACAGUUUUAGGGUGGCAAAACACAUGUGAGACUGUCGAAGACAUAGCAGAUACUCUUGCAGCCUUGAAUACCGAGAUAGACAUCAGCAUCAUGUACCGUGGUCUGGACCCUAAGAGCACAUAUAGCUUAGUUUCCGUGGUUUGUUAUUAUGGACAACAUUAUCAUUGUUUUGCAUAUAGUCAUGAGCACGAUCAGUGGAUCAUGUAUGAUGACAAAAAUGUGAAGGUGAUCGGUAGCUGGAGUGAUGUUCUUUCUAUGUGUAAAAGAGGACACUUGCAACCACAGGUUCUCCUCUACGAGAAGCGUUAAAUCAAAAAGAAGCAAAAGAAAAACAAACAAAGUAGAGUUCUGUUGCUACAGUUUAGGAGAUCCGGCAAGUACAUACUACAAAAGAAGUAAGUAUGUUUUUUUUUGACAAUCAGAAUGAAAACUACUAGAGGAAAGAAGAAUGCAAUUUGCUCGUCCCAGUGGUUCUAACAUCUUAGAGGAUGGGGAAGAAGAUUUUGUCUUAAGAUACCUCAUGUAGUUUUCUCGGUUAGAUCCUUGUCGCAUUAAGGAUUUGAUUAUAUGUCCAUAUUAUUAUAUAUAGCCUUCGAUUUCGUCGGUCA